CGUAGCUCAUAUUUGUUUAUAUACACAGAAAUGCCCAUCCGAUUGAAACCCAAUUGAACAAUCCUCCGAAAGCAUUGGAAUUUUGUCCGUGGAACAAAAUAAAGCUCUUUGGUAUCCGUGGAUUUUUCUUCUUCUCGACCUCCCUUGCCACCAACGAGCUGGAAGAUUAAUAACAGACACAAUGGCAACUCUGAGACAUAAUAACAACAACAUACCGCAAGGUAAUCAGGUGGAUCCUGCACAAGCCCAAGGAGCCCAGAUCCCACUCCAGAGCUUCUCACUUCCACAAUUUCCUCCCGAAGCCGGCGGCCUCAGAGCUCUCACCUUGACGUCCGACAUCAAACUCGACGACUACCAGAAUCUCCUCUCGGAAGACUUCACAAUCCCACAACUGCCUCCUGGAAUCGAGUCUUUGACACUUGAGCUUUUUACUCUGGGUUAUCCAGUUGGCUGGCUAAGUCAAUUGGCCGACCGCUUGCCAAAUCUCAAGAGCUUGGUCAUUUACAGCCAGCUCUUUGGCGGAGUGAGCGAAGAGUCACAAGCAGACAGCGUUGAGUUCUUCAAGAGACUACCUGGGCUGCGAGCACUACAUCUUCUUGAUGUGUUUGCCCAGCCCAAGUUUUUCGACAGCAUCGGGCCAUACGUGACCCAUUCCACCGAUGAAGAGACCGCAAGACGAGGCUUGAUGUUCCUGGAGAUCAACUAUACCGUUCAACAUUCCGAUCCAGAGUUUCUGGGAAAGAUCCAAGCGACUGAAUUGGCCAGCUUAGUAGGACCUGGAUUAGUGACCUUGGCCUUCAAUGUCAGCGAUGCAGACGUCACCGACGACCCCGAAGAUCCAACGAACAAUGGCGAAAAGACUGCAGAAGAAGCUGCGAAAGAUGGUGUUGUCGCUUUGAACAAAACACUAGGCUCUACACUCGUGAAAGCCUUGACAAAUGAAGCCACAAGACCACGGGGUCUGAGAGUGUUGAACUCCACCCUCUUCACACUUACAACGACACAACUCCGCACCAUUCUUGAGCAACAGAAGACCCUGAUGGUGCUCAACGCAACCCUCGAAGUCGACGGCCAUGAGACCUUCAAAGAAGAUCUCCUCUCGACUCUUCCCUCGCUUGAAUACCUCGAACAAGUCGAGAUAGUCGCAAACCCUAGCCUCCAAUACUUCCUUGCUCUCCAGAACCCGAAACACAAAGCCUUCGAAAACACCUUCCCUUCAUCUUCCGACAUCUCGGCUUUGGCGGAAAAGUGUACCCGCCUCACAAGUUUCAAAGCAGAUAUCCUUCGCUCAAGUGUCAUGCCAACGAUUGAAUGGGAGAAGAAAGAUGAGAUAUGGCAAGGUGGUGCGAAAGCUGCAAAGGCGGAGUUGAAGGUUACAGAGGUGAUGGAUUGAUAGAUGAUAAUGAUGAUGCAGAAGAUACAAACAGAAAUGAAAUGAUCAUGUGGGAGUUAUCCGAAG